ACAUUGAUCAGUGGAAUAAAGUCAUCGAGCAGCUGGGAACUCCCUGUCCAGAAUUCAUGAAGAAGCUGCAGCCGACGGUACGCAACUACGUUGAGAACAGACCCAAGUACGCUGGCCUCACCUUUCCCAAACUUUUUCCAGACUCUCUCUUCCCAGCUGACUCGGAACACAACAAACUCAAAGCCAGCCAAGCCAGGGACCUUCUAUCAAAGAUGCUAGUCAUUGAUCCGGCCAAGCGAAUAUCAGUAGAUGAAGCCUUACAGCAUCCAUACAUUAACGUCUGGUACGACCCAGCAGAAGUGGAGGCGCCUCCUCCUCAGAUAUAUGAUAAACAGCUGGAUGAAAGGGAACACACAAUUGAGGAAUGGAAAGAACUCAUCUACAAAGAAGUAAUGAAUUCUGAAGAAAAGACAAAAAAUGGCGUAGUAAAAGGACAGCCUUCCCCUUCAGGUGCAGCAGUGAACAGCAGUGAAAGCCUCCCUCCAUCCUCAUCUGUCAAUGACAUCUCGUCCAUGUCCACGGAUCAAACACUGGCGUCCGACACAGACAGCAGCCUGGAAGCUUCUGCGGGACCCCUCGGUUGUUGCAGGUGA